GUUGAUCACUACAUGAACUUUCCACGAAAUAAGUUCUUCACUCAAUCUUACUUGGUGGAAUCAUUGGGAGGUCUUUUGCUUGUCGAUCGGAUCGUCGGCUACUUUGUUAAUUCAGAGGGGAUAGCAGUGGAUGAGUAUGAUCUUCUUAUCCAUGAGGAUACGCAGCCUUUGGUUUGUCCAUACAGAACAAAGCUAUUCAACGUCUAUGAGUUAGAUCACAAACAGGAGACAUGGAAGAAAGUGGAAUCAUUAGGUGAUCGGGUCAUAUUUGUGGGUGGAAACUACUCCAUGUCGUUGUCCAUUCAUGAUCUUGAAGGAUGUGAAUCGAAUACUAUCUACUUCUCGGAUGAUAACUGGAAUCAGGUGGAUGAGGAUUACAUGUAUGGCGGUCAUGAUUUUGGCAUGCACGUUCAAGUUGACAGAUGGAAGUUUUGAAACGGCGCCAGAUUAUUGUUCGAAGUUUGAUCCACAACCCUUUUGGAUAAUUCUUGCCCGGCGUUGAAGAGCUA